AUGAAGUUUGUGGACUUUGAUUAUAGCAUGAAAGACAAGAAUCCGGUGGAUAACAUGAGGUUUUAUUCCAAAUCCAACCCAAAAGAAGCAAAAGAAAUAACAGCAAUCCAGGUAUCUCGCAUAUUACCCCAAAUCUUUGAAGAACACGUGAUGUGUAUGUACUAUAAAGAAGAAGAAGAAAAUCCAGAAGAAAUUGAACGUGCUCAGAAAGCCUUUAACACAUGGGGGAAAAAAAAUAAAUGUAUAUUAAAGGCGAAAAGUGAGCAGGGACUGAAUUCGGGCCUGGUUUUGACACCAUUGACUAAAGCUGUCAAGCUGGGAAUAGACGACGUGCCAUUGAGUAAAGCUGUCAAGUUUGGAAUAUACGACGUGCCAUUGAGUAAAGCUGUCAAGCUGGGAAUAUACGACAUGCCAUUGAGUGAAGCUGUCAAGCUUGAAAUAGACGACGUGCCAUCGAGUAAAGCUGUCAAGCUGGGAAUAUACAACGUGCCAAUGAGUAAAUCUGUCAAGCUGGGAAUAGACGACGUGCCAUUGAGUGAAGCUGUCAAGCUUGAAAUAGACGACGUGCCAUUGAGUAAAGCUGUCAAGCUGGGAAUAUACGACGUGCCAUUGAAUAAAGAUGUCAAGCUGGGAAUAGACGACGUGCCAUUGAGUAAAACUGUCAAGCUGGGAAUGUACGACGUGCCAUUGAGUUAA